GGAUUGAAAUCCGGUUAAUGGCGCCUCUGAAGAGGCAUUGAAUUCCAGCCUGGGUUGCCCCCAUCUAUCGGCUUCUCUUUUCUCGGCCUCUCCUUUGCUUCUCAGCGCGCUCUUCUUCUCCGGCGGCGAUUGCUUUUCGUUGGGAGUUCACGGCUCUCGGAAGGCGGAGAUUGAAGGAAGAAGCACUAGGGCACGGUGUGGUUAACCCUGGAAGCGAGUAAGUUGUUUUCAGGCGAGUGAGAUAGAGGGAAAGGGUGGAGGUAUUGGAAAUUUGUGGUGGUUUGGGAGAGAAAGGGUUUGGAUCGGUGGGGAUUUGGGAUUUGUGGGUUUUGUGGAGUUUUUUCUCUGAUUAUUGUGGAUUCGGGGCCGCCCAUGCCCGGUAUUGGUGAGAAAUUUCAUGCCUCCGGAACCACUGCCAUGGGAUCGCAAGGACUUCGUUUCCAAAGAUCGGAAGCACGACAGAGGGGCGGGUUACGAAGCUGUAGGCGGCGGCAGCGGGUCCUUCUCGUCCUCAACGCCGCGUUGGAGGGAGCCCUACCAUGGGCACCGUGAUUUCACUCGCGGUUCCCCUCGUCGUCCACCUCCUGGCUAUUACCGGCAAAGUGGAAACUAUCACCAGCUACACGGCGAUGAUGCAAGGCCUGGCGAUCGCUACUGGCCGGAGGAUGAGAACUAUAGGCCAUCUUUUGGGAGAUAUAAUGGCAACAGGAGCAACAGCGGUGGUAGCAGCGGCAGGGAGAGCAGGGGGUAUUUCCGGCGUCCCCCAUACUGGGAUUCGGGUGAUUUCUCGCGUGCACACCAUGAUCCACCGCCACCAACGGCCCCGAGGUCCAUUGCUGUACCCGGUGACCCCUCCUGUGCCACAGACGCAACCUUCAUCGAGAGACGUUCAAGAGAAACCUGUCAGCACUGUGGAUGAUGAUGCCCUAGUGGACAAUGCUUCAGCUACGUGCAAGAAAAGCGAUCAGGAUCAUUCUCUGGGCUCGAUCUCUUGGAAACCCUUGAAGUGGACUCGGUCUGCCAGUAUUUCCUCGCUGAAGACUGCUAGAUCGGAGGUGGAUGAGUCUGGCCGUGAGGCAAAGGAGACUCCGACCAGGUCCUCAGCUGCAUCUCCUCAGGAGUCUGAGGAUGGUGUUGCCAAGAAGAAGCAGCGGCUUGGAUGGGGCCAGGGCCUGGCAAAGUAUGAGAAACAGAAGGUUGGUGGAUCUGAUGAUGGUUCUACCAAAAAUGGACUGGUGCCAUGUGAUAGCAGUUCGAAGAGCACCGUCAGCGACACAAGCCCUAAGGAGGCUGGUUCUGCUGGAUGUCUAUCUCCGGUCACAAGGUCAUCCAUAGCUUGCAGUUCGUCUCCAGGUGUGGAGGACAAACCAUGUGUUAGGGCAAGUGAUCCUGAUACUACUGAUCUUAGUGGUUCUUCCAUUAUUGAUUCUCAGAAUAAUGUUAAAGAAUUUCUGUUUGAACACUAUGAGGCUGAUCCUAUGGGCACCCUAAAUAAAGUGCUUACUGACCUGUUGCAACCUGAGGAUUCCUGCUUUGGUGAUUCUACUUUCACAAGACAUACUGCCAUUAGCAAAUUGCUUUUAUUGAAAGGUGAUAUUUCCAAGGAAUUGGAGAAGACUGAAUGUGAUAUUGACUUGUUUGAAAAUGAACUGAAAUCCUUGGAUUUUGAUGGAAAUAAUAAUCAGUGCCAUGUUGCCCUGCACUCCACCUGUUAUUAUUGCCACGGAACCUUGUGGAGAGCUGCUGAUGGUACCUCAGUGAUCUCAUUCAGUUCUGCUCUUGUUAAGGAUCAGCAAAUAGCUUCUAUCAGCACACAAGUAAUUGAAUCGUUAGAUGAUUGUGAUGCUGCUCUCAAAGAUGCUGGUAGUGAAAGCUCUGACACGUUUUCAUCAAAAUUAGGCAAAGCAUCAUUGGGGAAGGCAAUUUCUGAUUGCGACUCCCAGAUAUUAGCUGUAUCUCCUCUUGUUGAAGAUGUUGAUUUCACAGACCAAGCACCAGAUCCCCUUCCACCUGCUGCUGAUUGUAUUGGCAGAGACAAGAAUGACAUGGAAUAUGCUAAUUUUAGUGAAAACUCAUGUGGGACUGGAGGUUCUAGUUUGUUCAGUGCUAUUUUGGAAUCAAACCGUGGUUUGAAGGAGGAAGCUAUGAAGGGGCUGCCAAAUGAUGCACCUUUAUUUGACUUUUGGAAGUUGGGGAAACUCUCUUCUUUGCAGGCAAAUGACAUGCUAAUAAAAGAAAAGCUGGCUUCUCGCAAGCACCGUCUUAAAUUUAAAGAGCUAGCUCUUACUCUCAAGUAUAGGGCAUUUCAUCAUUUGUGGGCAGAGGAUCUGCGGUUGCUUUCUAUCAGAAAAUAUCGUUCCAAAUCACAGAAGCGCAUUGAGCCCAGCAACCGUUCAUCACAAAGUAGUUCUCAGAAGCAUCGUUCAUCUUUUCGUUCACGAUUUGCAUUACCUGCUGGUAACUUGACACUUGUUCCAACUUCAGAAAUAGUUGAUUAUACCAAACAGUUGAAGUCAGAUUCCAAGCUUAAGGUUUACAGGAGCAAUUUGAAGAUGCCUGCACUCAACUUAGAUGAAGAGAGCAGGAAGACAGUUUUUGUUACACACAAUGGUUUGAUAGAGGAUCCAAUUGCUUUUGAGAAGGAGAAGGAGAUGAUAAAUCCAUGGAUGCCAGAGGAAAGAGAAGUUUUUAUGGAAAUGCUUGCUACAUGGGGAAAAGACUUCUCCAAAAUUGCUUCUUUUCUUAAGCACAAGACCAUUGCAGAUUGUGUUGAGUUUUAUUACAAGAACCAUAAGUCCGACAGUUUCAGAGAAGUGAUGAAAUGCCUUGCCCUCAGAAAGCAGUGGCAGCUACCGGCCAACAACUAUCUAUCAACAUCAGGAAAGAGGUCUCAGCGAGAUUUCAAUGCAGUUCCUCUUGAUAUGUUGGAAGCUGUAUCCAUGGUCGCAGCACAUGAUAAUGAGACAACAGGGAACCAGCGCAAGUUUGAUCAAAGGCCAGGUUUUGGUAGCUAUGAUGAUUUUAGAAUGCCUGGUGAUGCUCAUGGUUCUGUGGAUAAGCGUGAUCUUUUGCGGCAUGAGAAAGAAACGACAGCCGCUGAUGCAUUGGCUGGCAUACGUGGAGCUCUAUCUUCAGAGGCCAUGAGCCCUUGGAUCGCUACUUCUAUUGGGCCUGCUGAAAGGAUAAAUUUCGCAAUGCCUGACCGUCCUUUGACACCUGGAGUUACCCAGAGCAUUGAUGAAGAAGAAGCUUUCUCUGAUGAGGGAUUUGGUGAAUUUGAUUCUGCUGAUUGGACGGAUGCUGAAAAGACUGUGUUUAUCCAAGCAUUGAGCAUGUAUGGGAAGGAUUUUGCGAGAAUAUCCCGCUGUGUUGCUAGUCGCACAAAGGAGCAAUGCAAGAUUUUCUUUAGCAAGGCUCGGAAGUGUCUUGGUCUGGAUAUCCUCUAUCAAGGACCAUGCAACGUGGCAACACCAAGGAGUGAUACCAAUGGAGGGAGGAGUGACACAGAUGAUGGUUUUGCUGCAGAAAUGGAUUCGGCUGUCUGUAGCACACAAUCCUGUUCUAGAGUUGAUACUGAAAUGACUAGAUCUGUGGUAAAUACUGUUGGGGAAGAUUUUGCUCAUGCCGGGAAUUUGUCCUUGCAAAUGGAGAUGGAUAGGUCAAGUGAACACCAUGUGUCAGAAGGAAUAGAUCAGGAGGAAAUUGAGACGAAAGCUACUGAUCUAGACUGUGAUCUAAAUAAUGAUGGAUUGAUGAGGCUGGGGGAUGACUCCAGACCUGUUCAUGUUCCAAAGGAUGCAAGUGAUGCUGUGGUGGGAAGCCACGGAAAUGUUUCUUCAGGUGGUGUUGCAGGUUUUGUUGCUGAUACUGAAUUGAAGAAAAGUGGCAAUUGUCCAGCAGUGUCAUCAUCGGAUACAGUUAGUCUGGAGUAUGUGGCCUCUGACUGCUUAAAAUUGCGGACUGUUGAAAUGACUCAUGGGAGGAGUAAUGAGGAAAAUUGUUCUAAUGGAACUGAGAUGCAAGACUUGGAUUCUGUAUUUGUGGAAGGGCAAGGGGUGAAGAUAGGCACUGAUUCAAAUAAAAGUGGUUCUCUUUGCUUUGAAACAGAUCCAUGCGCUAACGAAACUGCAUCUUGCCUAGGAAAUAAGGUGACUGCUUGCUCUAGUUCUAUUUUCCCCCCAAACUACCACAAUCAAAUCCAGCAAGAUCUGCUUCCUUCCAUACAGAAGAGAUACCUACUCAAUUCUUUGAAUCAGGAGAGUUCCAUCUCAGUGCCUGUUUUGCCUGAUCCAUCUUCCUCUUCUUUUGGGGACCCUGUUCAUACAGGCUUACAAUCAAAUCUGAUCUAUGAAGGACUCAAGCAGCAUGAGAAUCCAGUGACCGGAAAACUUUAUCAGCAGUAUUUCUUGGGAAGUUCAACAUUAAAUCAGAUCAGCCAAACUUUGCAAGCUCUCACAGGCUAUCCUCUGCAGUCUGUGGAUCAGCAGGAGUUUAAACAAGGGCCUGAAAUGAUCAGUGGGAGAUCAGAGAUUCAGCAAAAUUGCCAGAAUGGAAAUGGGCUAUCACCAUCAAGUGGAAUCUUUGAUAUUGGCCUGCAUAAUUUGAAGCCUGUUGAUCCAAAGAUCUCACAUCAGAGGUCUGAGAUGCUUGGCUCUGGUAGGAAUGAUGAGCAACCAAAUACACUACCAAAGCCAUGCACUCAGUCUUUCUCUGAGAAUGAGGAGCAGUCACGCCAAACUGGUGAUGUGAAGCUGUUUGGUAAGAUCCUAAGCAAUCCAUCUUUACAGAAAUCAAAAUCAACCUCAUGUGAAAGCAGUGGUGGUAAGCCUCCUGGUCAAAAAAGAGACUCAGCACAGAAGCCAUCCAAUUGCCAGAAUGAUGCCAGUGCAGUUGCAUCUCUCUCUCAUAGUAGUAGGCACUCCAGUCCAACUGACAUACCUGUUAGAAGUUAUGGCUACUGGGAUGGAAACCGAAUACAAACUGGCUUCUCAUCUUUGCCAGAAUCAGCUGUGUUAUUGACGAAAUUACAAGGACCAUUGGCAGGGUUAUCAUUUUAUCCUACCAAAGAUGCCCUUCCCAGUAAUACCAGAGUUCGGACAGAAUAUCAGCAAGCUUAUACACAGCCAGUCUCAUCAGGAGGGACCCUACCUGGCUUCCAACAGCAGGGUAGGACGGCAAGACAGGGUAACGCAGCAGCAGUGGUUGGAGGGGGGAUCCUUGGUAAUGGCGGUGGUGGUGGUAGUGGCGGUAGUAAUGCUGGGGGUUGUACAGGGGUGUCUGACCCUGUGGCAGCCAUUAAAAUGCAUUAUGCCAGGAGAGCAAAGCUCUUGGCAAGCUUGGAAUCAUGGAGGCAAACAGACAGGUAGGAGAGGAGACCCCCAAAGGAGGUGGUGGUGGUGGUAGGUAAGGGUAGUGUUUUGGUAGGGAGGGUUAUCAGGCAUGGUUUUAAUGCCUUGUUGUAUCAUAGCUUUUGUAAUGUUCCUAGUGAAUGAAACAGGGGUUGGGGGGAGAGUGGGUAGCUUUCCUGUCCAUAUCGUUUUAGGAUUUCAGCAUGUUGCUUUUAAAGCCUUCUCUCUCUCUCUCUCUCUCUCUUCUCUUUUUCUUUUUUUUUUCUUUCUUUAUUUUCCCUGGAUUGCCCAGGUGUUUAGAUGAUAAAAGCCUUUUGUUAUUAUUUGUUUUAAUAGUACAUGAUCCAGCGCCAAGCUUCGAGA